AUGUCGAAUCGAGAUUCUAUUUCAAAUUUAAGACCAGCUGUAAAAGAUACAGCAUUCAUUGCCGUUAAAACUACUGCUGAAAUUGUUGGUUUUUACAUUCCUUUAAUCCAUGUGGUGUCGAAUUUGGUUAAAGAAAUUUAUCAAGUUUAUGAAAAUGCCGAAU